UGAGGGGAAGUGCACAUGCAAAUUGCGUUUGUUGUCUGUGAAGUUAGCGUGCUAGCCAGCUGUAACAACAAAAGAGGGUCAGCUUCCUAGCUGGUGAUGGUAGUAAGUGACAUGCCCAAAGAUGUCUGAGAUGCUACUGAAAGACAUGGAGGAAAUAUCUCUUACGAGUCUCCACAAAAGAGUUGAAGAGAACGUAGGCGAGCGGAGUUUCCUUUUGGUUGACGAAAAUGAAAACUUGCAGGUUCGUGAUGAGGAGCAUUUCCUUCAGAAGCUGGGCUGUGGCAGCGAUGCCACCUCCAGCGUCAAGGUCCUUUCCAUCUUUGGCAACACCGGGGAUGGCAAAUCCCACACGCUUAAUCACGUGCUGUUCGACGGGGAGGAGGUGUUCGCCACCUCCCCCUCCCCCACCACCUGCACAGUCGGGGUGUGGGCAGCCUCCCAGCCCAGUUUUGGACUGGUUGUCCUGGACACCGAGGGCCUCCUCGGUGCCUCGACCCAUCAGAACCGCCGCAUGCGGCUGCUGCUGAAGGUUCUGGCCGUGUCAGACAUUGUGGUGUACCGGACACGGGCAGAGAGGCUGCACAACGACAUGUUCCAGUUCCUAGGGAGUGCUUCGGAUGCCUACAUGAGGUACUUCACCCCCCAGCUGCGUGCCCUCUCCAGCCGCUGCGGGCUCGACGUGCCCCUCUCCAGCUUGGGGCCCGCCGUGAUCGUGUUCCAGGAGACGUCGCGCACGCAGCUGCUGGGACAGGACAGCUCAUGUCCAGGCCAGGCUGACACGUUGCUGCAGAAACGUUUCCAUGACCUGAACCAAACCACUGAGGCCUUUAGUUCAGUCCAAUAUGUGGGCACUCAGACCAUCACGCCCCCUACAGACUACUCCCAGCUCCUGCAGGCUGUCAGGCAGCAGGUGAAGAACCUGGCUACGCGUGCCCCACGCCACCCCUCUAUUGUCUUCAGCGCACUGCAGGCCCUGAGUGAGAGGUUCUGUGGGGACAUCUCUGAUGACAAGAUCAGUGUGUACUCCUUCUUCCCUGAUGAGUACUUCACCUGUCCCUCCGUUUGCCUCAGCUGCAAUGUGCGGUGCAAGAACGGCAUGAACCACCAGAAGGACGGCGUGCAACACAGAGCUGACGGCUUGUGCCAGUAUUCCCAUCAGUACAACAACAAAGUCCUCAUUUGUAAGAGGUGCUAUGAGGGAGGCCGGGAGACGAUCGUUAUACCCAAGACCUCUGCCUCAACAGACAACCCCUGGUUUGGCCUAGCAAAAUUUGCCUGGUCAGGGUAUGUCCUGGAGUGCCCCAACUGUGGCAUCAUCUUCCGCAGUCGGCAGUACUGGAUGGGGAACCAGGACCCUGAGGGCUGCGUGGUGCGGCCUGAGGUCAAGCACGUCUGGCCUGGGUCCGAGCUGUUCCCCACCGACCACCAGAAUGCAGCCCAGCGGGUCCUGGACGGCAUGAACGUCGUCAUCCAGUCGGUGUCUGAGUACAGCACAGGCCCUACUAAGGCCAUCACAGCCUGGCUCACUGACCAGGUGGCGCCGCCCUACUGGAGGCCCAACGCAGACAUCACUGCGUGCCGUGCGUGUGAGAAGCCCUUUGAGGAGCUGGAGCGGAAGCACCAUUGUCGCGCGUGUGGCGAGGGCUUCUGCCAGGCCUGCUCCUGCCGCUCCAUGCCCGUGCCAGAGCGGGGCUGGGGCAGCGGUCCCGUCCGCGUGUGUGACGCCUGCUACCGCCAGGGAGGGCCCAACACCACCAACCAAGUGGCCCUGUUGGAACCACGGACUCUAAUGGCUCGCAAGGUGACGGAGGUGGCCCAGUCCACGCUGGACAUGGUCUCCACCGCUGUGGACUACCCCCUGUGUUUUGUGAAGGGCGUGGCGAGGCCCGACUACUGGGUGCCCGACAGCGACAUAGUCCAGUGCCACCAGUGCAGUAAGACCUUCACGCCCAGCAUCCCCAAGCACCACUGCCGGGCCUGCGGGCAGGGCGUGUGCGGCGGCUGCUCGGCCCAGACUCGACCCGUGCCCUCCCGAGGGUGGGACCACCCGGUGCGGGUGUGUGACGGCUGCGCCGCUCGGAAGGACAGCCUUUAGAGAAACCUGGGAAAGCCUUAGCCCAUUCACACACACACACACACACACACACACACACACACACACACACACACACACACACACACACACACACACGCCAAGGUAUCUGAGCUGUUUGAGGAUCCCUGUUUUCCCUGUGUACUGUUCUUGAUUGAGAAGCUGAUGGCGUAGUCAGUUUGGCAGGCGUAGCAACCCCCCCCCCCUCCCCCCAUCAUGAAUAAUGGCGUCUAACCAGCCAAGAGCCUUCUGAUUCAGGUGACCCCUCUGUCCGGUGUGGGAUGCACCUCAGGCCUCGCCGAGAACAUGGAAAUAAGGACACAGAGUUGACGCAGCCUGAAGGAAACUAGGAAGACAAGAGAAAGGCAUUCAUCAGUCAUACAAGCCACACCUCACCUUAUUGUGGGACAGUGUCCCUUAUACACUGAGCACUUUUUCUGCCGCCAGUCCCGGGCACUGGAAUGUACCUGGUGCCGCCUAGGAAGUAGGAUUUUAAAGGAGAAAACAGCCACUAAACCCUUAAACUGGGGACACUAGUGGCGUGAUGAAUAAUAUGCAUUUAGUGUGAUGCAGUAUAGUGAACAUUCCAGUGAAAGUCAAUGGUGAUGGUAGUCUGUGCACUGCACCUUUAAGUUCCUAAUCAUAUCCAGCGAUAUAGCCGAAAUGAACAAGUUCUUUCAUCUCAGCCGUUUGAUUAACUUCUUUCCGCGACAUAUGCUAUAUAACCCAACGGAACUCUCAUUGCCAACAAUAACCCCGGGAGCGGUGCUGUCUGUUGAGGAUAGCAAGCUUUCAGUCGUCUACAGUGCAAUGCGGGUGGCCUGCUCCUAAUGCUGGUAUUGAGUUGCAGCUUAGAUUGCUGAGGGAGAGGCAAGGCCCCUAAAGCACUUCUUUAAUGCUCCAUCUGUGUCCCAGUAUUCGAUCAUAGACUCUCUGACACCCUCUCUGGACAUGUAGCGUUCACAUUCUUUUCUUAAAACAUGCGCUGGAACUGGAUAUGCAAAAUGCAAGACUGUACAGUAAUUUACCAAAGCUAUGAUUUUUAAUUGUACAUAAUUGACGUCUGUCUCAGACAAUCUGUGUUUUACUCUGCUUUCUUGUAAUAAUUAUUAAAGACUAUCGUAAACCUUCGAGUCCACCCUAACAA